AUGUUAUUACCAUUUAAAAUAUUAGUAUUUUUUGCGGUUUGUGCGAAUAUUGGUCACUGUGCUCUUUUUUCACCCUGCAAAACCAACGAUUCAAAAUGUUUUGAUGCAGCUUUUGCUAAUGCAUUCCCCAAGCUUUUAUCUGAGGAUAAAACUUUAGGCAUUGGGCCAUCAGACCCUCUACAUAUCGAUUUGAUUGAUGGAAACCUGUCGAUAUUAAAGUAUAAAUUAUUCGACUCGACAGUCAAAGGUUAUAAGGAUUGUUCCAUUACGAAUGUAAAGUCAAAUCUCAACAGCCUUACCCUGUAUUUUGAGUUGGACUGUCCAGGAUUCGACUCUACAGGCAAAUAUGAAGUAUCAGGUCGCCUCAUUGUUUUGCCCGUUGAAGGGAAGGGAGAAUAUCGACUUACCACAGGAAGAUAUUCAAUAGCUGUCAAUGCUGAAUUGAAAGAAGUGCGAGAUGAAAACGGCAAAACAUAUUUCGCAAUUAAAAACAUUAAGCUUAACAACGAAGCAAUUGAACCAGUAGUAUUCGAUUUUAAAAAUCUAUUUAACGGACAAAAAGAUUUGUCUGACGCGGUUCAUAAAUUCGCGAACGAGAACUGGAAGGAAGUAGCUAAUCUGGUGCAGGAUCCGGUGUGGUAUGCGCAUUUAAAGCAACUGGUUAUCCAUUUCAACAAACACCUAAAAACUGCACCACUGGGGGAAAUAUUUACUGCAUAA